AUGCCAGAGGAUGUGAAUGGCCAAGUGUCCCCCAAAUACCGAGUAAUCAGAAGAGUUGGGCGCAUAAUUUCCGAUGAUUUAGAUGCCAUCCCCAGCUGCACCGGCCUCAGGCAUCACUGCCAGACCACCCAACCACAGCAUUCUUGUGUUCGUGUUUGCACCUCCGUUUAGGACAAUAAAAGCCGUCUGAGUUACCGCCGAAUUCCCGAGUAAUGUCCUGUUUUAUUUCAUAUUCCCAUGACUUUUCGAGGGCGCGAUUUUUUCAGGAAUGCUCGUAAUUUUGACCUUAUCUUUUCGCCAAAGUCCUUUAGAUUAUGUAAAGUAUAUUUUGCACACACAACUACAAUAAAAUUUAUUCGUAUUUUAGCAAGAUUUUCCGUCAACAUAUUCAGACGCAACUCCCGUCGACGGCCUCCACGUCCUCGGCCUACAGUAGUGGACUGACCGGAGAUGAGGAGAGCUUCGACAAGGGAUUAGGCCAGCUAAAGGAAGACCGAAAACAUUUGUAUAGACUGGAAGGUAGUGGCAGUAUUCGGGUAAGUCGGCUGUUUUCUUUAAGAAAAUUUAUUUUAUUCGUUCUCACAUUCCUUUUGAUUUAAUUACUAAAAGGGGAAUUGUGUCGAGGCAAGGUAAAUGCCUCCAUGCUUAUUAAGGGAUACGUGUAAUGGUAAGCUUUUAAGGGAUUUGGGGUUAGUUUUGUUAGGUAAUGUGGAGUAGGGUAAAUGGAGGAAAACGGAAAAGAAAUGAGUUAUUUUUGGAUAUGUUUUUGGCCGACUAUCUUCUAGUCAUCAUUAUUAUGAUAGCCACAAACUACAGGAAUACUUCUUGAAACGACCUUAGUUAGAGUCGUUACUUGAUAAAUUGUUUUAAUUUUAUUUAUUUUCGAUAUCCAAGAUUUUUUUUUAAAGUUGCCCAAUAGUUUUCAAGUACCUCACUUAAUUCCUUCGAAUGCUCUCCGCUGAUCGCUGCCCUCAUACGGUUACAAUAACGUUACUCGAUGUCAUCUAAUAAGCGACGCUAAUCUAUAAAAAUUUGUUAAAAUGAGUGAUUCUUUGUUUGUGGCCAUAUACAAUAUGAAAUAUCUGAUAGGGCCAUGGGAAUUUUCUCAAUUAGGAUCCUUGUUAAAGCAGCCUCAAAGGGCCUCCAAUGAGCCUUAAUUGGGCCCAUUCUGAUUGCCACUACCUUCAGAAUAGUCAAGCCGCACUCUUUCGACGAGCCGACUCCGACUUCGAGCUCUCCCGCAGAUUAUAUCGCCUGGACCAGCCGCCGUUCCAGGACCUUUCUCUGAAUUUCUUGCCGUUUCAGGUGAACGGCCGAAGAAGUGAAGGUAAGGAGUGAAAGAAAGAGCGAAUAAGGGAAAGUGGGGGCUUACAAAUAGAAGUAGAGAGGUAACAAAGACUACCUACUUAAUACUAAUAGAACUAUUAUUUCCAUGACUAUUUAAUGUUCUAGCAGCUCGCAGAUCGUCCAUAGCCUCGGGAUUGCCAGAUCCUAGUUCGAAUUGCUCCUCUCCCGUGUUCAUCAUUCCCUCCCAGACCGGCUCGAUUCUGAGACGUGGCUCAGGCCCACGGCUAGCCAAUGGAACGGCCGUCCGAACAGUUAAAGCCAACGGAAACGGGACUGUGGGACGACGGAAGGGAACUUAUUCGGCCUCAUUUGACAUCCCUACUGGAACCAAUGGGACCAGUGGGGUGAAGGCGAACGGAAAAAACAGCAGUAAGCUUUGUUUUGUCUGAUGAUCUCAUUAUAACACCCACUUUAUUUAUAGUAAUGUCAUGUCUUUCCCAAAACAAGUAAACGGCCUUCUCGAGUAAAUUACUCCCUAAUCUAGGGCUGCCAAAAUAGCCGUUUAAAUCGGUACUCUCGGGGACCAUAUAAAAUUACGGGAUUAAAUUGUAAUUUUUUUCCAAUUUGAAGGUAAGAACAAGUUGUUACGCAAUGCAUCGACCACUUCUACCUCUUCAGUUACAUUUAAUCUGGUCGAAGAGCCCAACAUUGAUGCCAAACACAGGCAUAUACGGACCCUUCCACCUAUUGUCAACCGUGGUAGGUGAUGUGAAAUAGAAAAUACUCUUCUUUCCUCUCAGAGCAGAAUCGAAGGAGCUCUUCCAAGAGCAACAAGAGCUCGGGAUCUUCCUCUUUAUCUCGACGGAGCUCCUCGUUAAGCCGGGUCAGCGGGAAUUCGAAGAAUUCGUUCAGAGAAGAGGUCGUGAAAAGAGCGGCCGAACAAUUAAGAGAAGUCGAAGCGAUCAGUGCUCGCAGUCAAGAAGUCGCCGUUCAAACAGAACUCAGUAACCUUGUAUUCUCCGAAGAUGAUGACAAAUUAAUUGAGUUGGAAGAAGAAGACACCAAAGUUAUCGAAGAGGAAGAAGAGGAAGAAGGAGAAGAACCAGAAGAGCUUUCAACGGAACAGGAAGUCGAGUCAAAAAAAGUAAGGAAUGUAAUUUGUAUCCAGUCUGUGUUUAACUCCGUUUUUUUGCGGCAAAUUUUAAGGGAUAAAAACAUUUGGAAAUUGGGUGUUAUCAUUCUGUUUUCCAUAAAAACACCAGCAAUUCCAAUUCGAAUAAUCCCUGAAUUUUGCACACUAUUCCACCCUCAAGUGAAUGGUUAUUUUUUCAGAUCCCGGCCCAAUCCGAUCCAGUGAUAGCCCCAGGUGAGUGAAGUCCUUUCCUCGGGUAUCAAACCCAUAUUUAUUUAUUUCCUUGGGACUUGCGGCCAGGUUGGGCGGCCAAUAGUAAUUCGAAAAGCACGCCUUUUAUAUCUGUUAUGGCCCGAGGUGUUCUCCACGUUCCGCUCUCGGAUUUAAGGCGCCUCAGGCUAUUUUUCGGGCCUUCUCAUCGGGUUUAUCAGUCGUUUUUGGUCUCCAAAUUGAAAGAAGAAAAACAAAAAAAAGUUAAAUGCGGAGAAAGCCGACUUUCGAAGACUUUUUAAGUCUUAGAGGAAAACGUUUUAAUGAUGUCGGAGGUCUGGAAUGGGGUUCGGACUAUACAAGGAUUGAAUGACAUUAAAAUUUUUGACGUGUUCUAGAUGUCAGACGUCUGAGAUAAUGUCAUUUGGAUGACUAUUGGUCAGUUCCUCCUUUCUAAUUUAGUCCGGCUGAUUCUUCUUUUGUUUCGAGCUUCCUGAAAGACGGAAUCCUGGAAUCUCGAGAGAUGGGACUCUCCAAAUUUGUUUUUUAUCGGUCCUUCAUUGGCACGCCGUUUCGAUGGGACCCUGUAAAUGUUGUUGACGUGCCCACGAUUUCCGUGACCACCACUUAAUUAAUUACCUGUGCGAUGACAUUUCCGUUUUCUGGCCUCCAUUUUUUUGGGAAACCCAGUCUUAAACACACAAGUAUUGGAUGUUGGGGAUAGUUAUUUCGGUAGAGUGUUCUUUUCUGCCGGAACGGGUCUUAAAGGCGGCCGGAAAUGCUGUUGCCAAUUAAUGUUGGUCUGGAUGAAGCCAUUUGCAGUUUCGAAUGGACUUCUUCUAAUUAGGGGUUUAGUGGGGCGGAUGGACGAAAGGAGGGACGAAACAUCCCCCACCUUGGAAGGAAAUCUAAAGUCAGAAAUGGAGACGUCCCAUUCCAUUCCGGCGGUCGAUUGGAUGACGUGGGACCCUGAGAAGUUAAAGAGUAGAAAAUGUUAUUGUUUUGUCUUCGAACGCCGAAAACUAUGGGUAGCUUCUGCAAAAAACGGCUGGGGAGAUUCUCGAGGCCAGCAAUUCCUUCUUAUUUUGACGUCCCCCCUGGCGCCACUUCCCUGGCAUGACGAUGAUGCCUUUCAAUUUCCGGCCACGAUCUCCCCUCUUUUCUCCCGCCCAUCUCUUUUCGGUCAUAAGUGAGGCGCCGUUCCUCACCGUUAUUCUUGUCGUUUUCAUGUGCCUCCGGUCGACUUGUGAGUCUUGUUUUAGUGAUCGAGAAGAAGCCCAAGAGUCCGUGGAUUGAGCGCCUUUUCAACGAGCGACACGACUGGCUCGGCGCCGAGGAUUGGGCCCUGGUCGAGGUGGGGGAACACAGCCACGCCAUGGUCGACGAGAGCGAGUUGGUCCAGCUGAAUGUGGGUGGAAAGAACUUCGCCACCACCAAAGGGACGCUCAUUAAUCGAGAACCUGAUUGUUUCUUUGGACUACUAAUUCAGGUCGGUUAUUUACCAAAAAUUGAGGUUUAAUAUCAAUUUUCACUGCAUUGAUGACAAUUUGAUUGGCCAUCUUGAUUUUCGAUUUUUCAGAUCUUGGCUUUUAAAUUAAAUUUUCUGUAGAUUUUGCACACACGUUUGGCAUAGACCACAUAUCGACUUUAGACGUGCUUUACCAGCACGUCUAUGUAGAUAUUUAACAAUUUUUGCGGCCGAGAGAGUACGCGAAACGCGGAGUGAGGUCAGAGAUAAAAACACUUUUCCCCGUACCAGUUUCCAGAGAAAAAAAUAGUUUUUGAGGAACAAUACUACGAUGAAAAUAUAGGCAUAAAGCUUUUCAUGCCAGAAUUCGCAAAAAUAGUGGCUUAAAAAAUCUAAAAAAGCUCGGUCGUUUCUGCAAAGCGCGGGCUAGGCGUCUCACAUGUCUUGAAAAAUUAAUAUUUAUUUGUAGCCUGUUUCGUAAAAAAUGAGCGUCGCACUUGGGGUACUACUUCAUUCGUAAAUAAAAAAUCUCGAUUUUUGAGGAUGAACUCCGAAUAGAAGAACAAUCCUAUUAAGAUUGUGUCACAUAAAGUUACAGAUCACCCGGAAACAUGAAUUCGAAAUCAGGUGAAUUAUAAAAGUGAUAAUAUUUUUAUGUAAUUCUGGCCCAUGCUCGUCUGGCACAUUUUUAAUCAGCAAAUACCUCCGUUCGUUUAAGUCUGUACCUGUCCAUGCGUACCAAAAGGUUUUAAUUCGACCAUUACUUUUUAGACUGAAGAUCUCACGGCUUUACCAGAUCAUUGGCGACAAGUUGUUUGUCGUUUGGACGCGUCAUCCUUUUUUGUUGACCGAGAUGGAGAACUCUUUGCAUUUGUCCUCGAUUACUUACGUAACGGCAAGCUCGUGUUGCCAGACAAGUUCAAAGAAAUUGCCAGACUGAAGGAGGAAGCUCUAUUUUAUCAGAUUUCUGGUCUUGUACAGCAGCUGGUACCCUAUUACAGUUUCAAAUAUCCCCUCAAAAACGGAUUUUACAGUAAUGGAUAUGGAGGAAAUAGUGUUCUCGAGAACGGUAAGUUGGUAAUCUUAUACUUUGGGGUAGUGUUGCACUACAGUAUUAAGUGUUAAAUUGCUUGAUUCUUUUCUUCGAAUUUUACUUUUUUUAAUCUUUACUUAACAGUUAAUUGUUAUAGCUAUCAUUGAUCACUUCCUUUUCUGCUCAGAACAGGUUUUAUUUGUUUUUUUUCCAAAGUGAAUUAGGCCCUACGGUUUUCUAUUAGGUUGAUGCAAAAGGAAUUGCGGAUUUUUUAAUUUAUUCGUAUUUUUUAUAGGAUAGCUCAAUUCAAAAAUGGAAAAAAGUAUAUAGUAGUAAAUUUUAAGAGGAUUUUUUCUGUAUAUGUGCUAUUCUUAUAAAAGUUAUCAAACGUUACCAUAAGUUACCACGAAGGUACCCUAAACAUGUUUGUACAUUUUAAACCAAUUUUUUUACAUAUUUUUUUGCGGCUUUAUCCAUUUUUGAAAAUAUUUUGAUAAAAUACGUUAUAUUCUAUCAAAAAACAAAAAAAAACCCCAUUUUUGGCAAAGCGUUAAAACGCUAUCCCAAAAAUUCAAAUUUCAGCAAAUUUUACAAAUCGUGUCAUAUCUUUUUUUUAAUAAGGGCUUUCGUGAAAAAAAGACAUCAAAAUCUUGAAUUUUAUUUUUUGGUCAAAAAAUAUCAAAAAAAUAAAUUUUUUUGAUUUUGAUGUUUUUUGUCACAAAAAUCUUAAAAAUGUUGUUACUAAUCGAAAGCAAAAAGAAUUUUUUAUUUUGGACUUAUUAAAAAAAGAUAUGACACGAUUUGUAAAAUUUGCUGAAAUUUGAAUUUUUGGGAUAGCGUUUUAACUCUUUGCCAAAAAUGGGGGUUUUUUUGUUUUUUGAUAGAAUAUAACGUAUUUUAUCAAAAUAUUUUCAAAAAUGGAUAAAGCCGCAAAACAAUAUGUAAAAAAAUUGGUUUAAAAUAUACUAACAUGUUUAGGGUACUUUCGUGGUAACUUAUGGUAACGUUUGAUAACUUUUAUAAGAAUAGCACAUAUACAGAAAAAUCCUCUUAAAAUUUACUACUAUAUACCUUUUUCCAUUUUUGAAUUGAGCUAUCCUAUAAAAAAAUACGAAUAAAUUAAAAAAUCCGCAAUUCCUUUUGCAUCAACCUAAUAUAAUAAAUUUCCCCAAUUUUCUAAACAUGCCCGUAAUAGGAAAGGAGGAAAAAAAUUGAAGACCGAGAUGUCGUCUUUGCCCUUAGGGUUUGAUAUGAAAUGCGAAAUUCAAUUAAAAGAUGAAACUGGAGAUUGCAUGUAGGCCUCGAGUUUCCAACCUAAAGUGCUUGGGUUCCCUCCGAUUUAAUGACUGGCAGUAAUGAUUGUGGUCUUAGAGUAGUUUUUUAGUCAUCUUGGAGUCUCUUAGAGUAGUCUGUUGCCUUGACCGAUCAGCUUAUUUUUUUAAAUUGCCGCAGGAUGAUUAAACGAGAGAAGGCUUGUCAAACGACGAAUGAGCGGGAAGGUUAGUUGAUGUUUUCUUUUGCGGGUUUCUUUUCUAAAAUCAGCCCGAUUUUUUCCUAUGACCAUUUAUGAGCCCCCAAGGCCCAUUCCCGCACCCAUCACUCACGAGUUGUAUUAGUAGCAUAGUCGAAUGUCACGUUUAUGUCAAAUAAACGAGACAAAGUUUAUCUGCCGAAGAAUGGCCAUUAUAACAGGCUUAGUGAGUAAUUGCUUUAAAUUGAAAAAAAGGAUUACAAGAUGAAUGGGGAGCGUCACGGGGGCGAGGGAAGCCACAGUGAUUGGGUCUAAAUAUAAAUUUGAGAUAACAGGCAUCUGUUUGAUGAUACCACCGUAUAAUCAUUGUUUUUAGGCGGUUUCAUAACCCUCGGAUAUCGUGGGACCUUCGCCUUUGGUCGAGAUGGUCAAGCUGAUGUCAAAUUCAGGAAACUUCAUCGUAUUUUGGUUUGCGGGAAAGCAGCUUUGUGUCGCGAAGUCUUCGGUGACACUUUGAACGAGAGCCGGGACCCGGAUCGAGAAGGAAUCGAGCGAUAUACAUCAAGAUUGUACUUGAAACACCAGUGUCUGGAAAGGGUAUGGUCUCAUUCUCCCAUCGUUACAAAUUUGAUUAACUGUCGUGACUGAUGUUGCGUGUUAAAUACAAAGACAUACCGGAAAUAAUCUUACUUCGAAUGUAAUACACUUUUAGGCAUGUGAUAAUCUUGCCGAGAAGGGAUUCAAAUUGGUAACCUCUUGCUCAAGCGGAGCCAACGGACUUGCCACGCCCACGCCCAAUCAGCCGAGCCAAUCCCAGCAGGUAGGAGCUAGCUAUUUACCUUUGCUUCCUCGCACCUUGAGCUUGACUACUGUAACAAAAGCAAAAAUUUCUUCACAUUAACAACUCGAUGUUUACAACUCCUGCUGUUACAGUAUUCUCUGCACUGUAGCGAAGCCCUUCAGACUGGUCUUAUCUAAAAUGAAUUUCUUGUUUGUUGAUGGUGAUGUGGAUGGCUGAGGUGACCAUGUUGUGAUUGUCUCUUGGCCUCCAAACUUUCCCUUUUCGGCCGUUUUCUCCGCUUGCGGUUAUCGUCAAGUAAACAUGUUUGUUUUGAUAUUGGAAUCCUACUGUAUUCUCGUAAACUGACCACUCGUAGAACAUCAAGACGAACGGCGGCUCCGGCUCUUCAUCGAUGGCCUCGACCUUGAGUGGCGGUGUCCGGAGAGCUCGAACCACCCUCAACAUCUGGACCGGGAACACGAAGGAGGGCAUGGACGGAGAGACGAUCCAUCCCCGACCACAUGUAAGACUCUUUUCAGUAUUGUUUACCCAGGGGAAUCCGGCUCUUUAAUGCAAUAUAGAUCUCUAAAGUAAGGUCAAAUCCCACCUGUCCGAGAGUCGGGACCGUGUCUGGAUGUUUGAUUGUAGUUAUGCCGUUUCUAUUUGCUCGAGUGAUUUCUUUUUCUUUACUUUUGCUCAUGAUCUAAUAACCGUGCCUUCGUCUGGCUUCGAUUUCUGUUCGAUGACACUGACGGGUUUAUUUUUUUUGAGUUGAUCAGUGUCUUUUUAACCCCGUUUGGAGAUGGCCUCAGCCCCUUGAAUCUAACUCAAUCCCAGCACUUUUCGGUCUUUCUGACCUCGGCCGUUUCAGGAAUUGAUGAACCAACGCAAUUCCGGGGAUUUUGAGGAGCAGCGAUGGGCGCAUUACACUGAGUACGUCUUCUAUCGUGAGCCCCAGUUUGCUUUCACUUCCAGCCCGAAUACGUCGCCCAGGAAUUAA